UACUCGCAAACAUGUCGUCGUCGCAGCUCAUCUCGGAGGAAGAGGAAGGGUUUGGAGAUCAUUCGCAAGAGGAGGAUGGCGAGUCUGUGGAGAAAGGCGAAGCUGAAGUGGCAGUGGCAAGGCCUCCUCUAUGCGCCGCCCCGUCGGUUGAGUUGGUCGUUUCAGGCCAGGCGGCGCUGGAUUCGCUGGAACAGCUGCAGAGCAGUGGAUUGGUAGGCCGGGAGAAGGCUUCAAAUCUGCGCAGGAAAUACCUUCUGUUGAAGGAUACGUUGGAUAGUUCACGGGCCUCUGAAACUUCUCUACUGGCACAGGCCAAGCAGCUUGGACAGGUGCUGAGUCAGCAGCAGAGGGUGCUAGAGAAAGGGCGUUCCUUUCCAGAGGGAGACAGUGGAGAGCCCGCACGGCUGCGGCAGAUCUUGCUGACCUACACAAACCAGCUAGACCAGAGCAACCAGAGACUCAGUGUCCUACAAACCCAGCUAGCCAGGUGCCCAUAUAAUAUACCCUAUGGAGAGGUUGACUGACACUCUCUCUUCCUGCAGUGUGGAGGAGGAACAUGGACAGGUGAGUAGGGAGCUGGACCGACUGCCUCGCCAGGCAGACAUGGAGGCCAGGGUAGCUAACCUCAACAGACAACUGGAGGAACUGCGUGAUGAAAUCAGGAAGCGUUCCAAAGACAUGCACCACUACACUGCUGAGGUAGAGAGUAGGGAGAGGAGACUGGGCUCCAUCUUGGAGGAAACUGAUGGAUUGCAUGCUACGGAGGAAUCCUUGCAGAAUGAGCUGAUUCAGCUGCGUUCUACUCCAGGAAACCUCCCACGGGAAAUUGAUCUCAUUAUAAAGAGAUACAGGGAAACAAGACAGCAAGUAGCUGACUCAGAGACACACCUCAGCCACCUGACAAGGCAGCUGGAGGAGCUGCAGAGCAGGGGACAAGCUCUGGAGGGAGAGGUUAGGGAGGCAGGGGCGAGACUGGCAGAGGGGAGAGAGGAGGGAAGUCGACUCCACGACCUGCUGCGGCAGGCAGAGAGCAACCUUGCCCAGGCCAAGGAGAGGCAGGUAGCUCUGCUGGAGCAGCAGGCCAGCCUUGAACUGACGCUGCGACACAGGGGCAGUGAAUACAGCAGGCUGUACGAGACUCUGGCAACCUUGACCAAGGAGAACGACUCCAUUGCCAAGCAGGUGAAGAGAGCAGAGCUGUAUGCCGUGGCAGUGAAACAGGCUGAGGCCCAACUUCUGCUCAGAGUGGACGCCCUGCAGGUAAAGACCAGCGAGGGGGAAAUGGCUGCAGCAGAGAGGCAACAGAGGCAAAAAGAGGCCAGGGACGAGGUUGAGAGUCUGCGCAAGGGACUCAGUAUGAUGGAGGGAGUGAGCUCAGGCCAGAAGGCCCAGCUGGAAGAAAGACAAAAGGAGGAGGAGAAGGUGAGAGCCAAACUGGUUUCUCUCUCUGCCAAGCUGCAGCAGUUGGGCAAGGAAACUGUGGCACUGACCCGCCAGAGGGAUCAAGACUCCAGGACAUGCCACCAAGCAAAAGUGUCUGAACAAAGUGCCAGAGCAGUUCUAAGCACAAAAGAAGGCCAGCUACGAGAGCAGAAGAAGACAGUGGCUCAGUUGCAGCAGCAGUUGGCUGACUUUGCAGCGGCUUACAAACUGAUCAAGACAGAGAGAAACCAUGCACACUCACAGAUACACAAACUGCAGCAGCUGGGCAAUGAAAUGAAAGAGAAGUAUCGCAUACUGGAGAACGAAGCAGAGGUUCUUACAAUGUCAGCUCAGGAGAAAGACAAGCUGCUACAGAGGUGUGGUCUGAUCCACUCUGCUAAGACUAUGGAGCAGGACAGUCAGAGGCAGACGGCCAGCAAACUGGCUCUGGACACUGCUCAAAACAGAGCAGAGCUGGAAAUUCAGAGAGAGACGCUGGGCAAGCUCGCUCACCAGGUGUCUUCCUUAGAGUACCAGCUGAACCAGAUGAGGAAGAACUACGAACAUGCUCUACAGGAACGAAACGACGUUGGUCUCAAUCUGAUAGAGCGCAACGAGGAGGUGUGUGUGUUCCAUGAGAAGCUGAACAUGCAGGAGACAGUGCUGCGGCAGGCCAGUCUUCAGCUCAUGGCCAGAGAGGAUGAGCUCCGAUACAUACAGAUGGAGGUCACUCAGCUGAAGCGGCAGAUCCUGGUGUGCAGGAAGAGUCUUCCAGAACAAUCUAACCUGCAGCUAGAGCUGGACACUGCCCAGAAACAGGUGAGUGCAUGUGAGAAGUGGCUGCAAACUCUCGAGUCGCGAGUGGAGAAUGCCCAAGAUUCCACACGAGUCCGGCUGCUCCCAGGGCCCAAGGCAUCUCAGGAAGAGUUGCUGCAGCAGCUGGAGUCACUGGAGACUCGACUGGCCCACCAAGAGCAGGCUGCACUGGAGAGAGAGCUUCUCUAUGAACAGGUGUGUCGACUGGCAGAUCGCUUGAAACUCAGGACAACUGCCCAAAAGGACUCCACACUGCAAGUGGCUCAGAGAGUCAGUCAGUACCAGAGUAGGAUCAAAGACACCACACGUAAGACUAUGGCUCUUGUCUCAGAGCUCACCAUGCAGCAGGCCAAUGCAUUGCGGCUGCGACAGGAGGUGAGUGAGAGAGAGGGUAGUGUGGAGCGAGCCUACAUGCGGCUGGAGGCAGGCCAGCCACCAGAUGAGGCCACAGAGCAGCAGUGGCAACAGCUUCUGAGAGAAGAGCAACUGGCUCUAAGAAAGGUGUUGGGACCAGCAGAGGAGGCCCAGUCCACAGCUGAACCACGCCCGAAUGCGUAUCUCCCCAGUGCAGGAGAACUGCCACUACCAAAACCUUAUGGUAGCCACGCACCCUUCAAACCUAGCCCAGCAGGUGCCAACAUGAGGCAUAUCCGCAAACCACAACCCAAACCAAUUGAUAUCUGACACUAUUACAGCAAGUGUACAUGAUGAUUAUGAUUAUGAUAUAACAGUCAGACGCAAUCCAGUGCAACAAUACUGGCUACGGGCUGUUUGGAGAGGAGGAGCUGAGGUGACGUUUAUGACGCGGAGUUCCUUUCCGUUUGCUCUUGCGGCUGUCAGGGCCUCCCCCAGCUCCCUCCCCCUUUCCCCCAGCUUGCUGACGCUGCUCAUCCAACUUGCGCUCUAGCAGAGCUUUUGACAACUUGUCAAGUGUCUGGUCCAGCUUCAGGGACUUGCCUGCAGGAGGCAUGGGUGUGGCUGCUGGCUCCUUUCUUUUCCUCGAGCCAUUUGCAGUCUCCCUGUUGGAGGAGAGGGACGGCAGGAUGCUGGGGAUGACAGCCUGCAUGGUGCUCACCACACCUGCACUGCCAUGCACCUUCCCUCGUGAGCUUUGCGAGCUCUGGAUCCUGGCGGCAGAUGCAGUGACAGAGGUCUUCUGGGUUGAGGGGUACAGAGAGGGAAGGUUGUGUGGCUGCGCCAUCAUGGCUUGCACCAACUGCCGCUCACUCGAAACGACUUGCUUUCGAGCCUCUUCACACUCUGCCUCAAACUUCUCCUUCUCCUUUGAAAUGGAAGCCAGCAGGUCCCUCAGUUGGUUUGCCAGCUUUGACCUCUGCAGGAUUUUCAGAUUGGCAAAGUCACAUGCUUCGCAGAGUAGCAGUUGUUUCGAGUUGCUCUUCCGUAUCUGCCAGGCUGAGGCAAAGUCACAGCCACACUGGUUGCAGAUCGGCUUCACUUUGGAGCUGCUGUUGGCCUUCUCUUGAGCUGCAGAACUGGCAAGGCUACUGUCAAAGUGCUGCAUGAUGGCCUCAAGCCCAUAAUUACGAAUGAAAGAGUUGUCAAAGACAGGGAUGACAGGCCACACUUGUCGGAAGGUCUUGGGGUAAGGAGCCGAUGCGAUCUUCCUCUCGAUCUGCUUCUGAAACGUCUUUUUGGCUACCUGGUUUUUGGAGAGGUACUCUUUGUAUCGCCUUGAGUUCUCCACGGCAGCCAUCACUGUCUUCUCCCUCUCCGGGUCCACUGACUUUAGACAGGGGGGGCCAGGGUCAGAGGUCACCGGCACCAGUGUCUUCCCCGAAGGAGCAGUGGAGGCAGGGGUCGGAAGAAGAGGGGGAGGAGCCUUGGUCGUCAUGGUUAGAGGGUCAGAGGUGACCUCACAGCCUGGUUUAUUGGUAGGAGCAUAACUUCGACCAGCUGCCUGGGCGGCUCCUGACUUGUGGGAGGGAGGGAAAGCCUGGUCAACUGCAAUGCUGUCAACAAUGUGCUGCAGUCGUGACGAAAUCCCAGUCCCUCCAGCAGACAUUGUGAUUGACUUCUGUACCUGGUUACCAGGGACAACUAUAAUGUUACUUUUGGUUGAGGCUCUCGAUUUGACAGGCUCCAUGUCUGAGCUGGUUGUCGUGGCAACGGGGGCCUGGAUUCCUCGGAGUUGCUUGAGGCGUCUGAGUUCCUUCUCUUCCUGUUCCAGGAGCUGCUGGAUUUGACUCAAGUCCGCAGACCCUCCUUCCUGGGGGGCACUAAUUGGAGAUGCUGAGGCAGGACUGUCUUCAUCUGACAGGACGAUUACCUCAUCAGAGGCAGUAGCUGUCUUGGCUGGCCUGUUGCCGCCGCUGAUCAGUGGCGCUGUGUAGCCAACUUCAGACCUUCCUUCUGCACUCUGUUUCUGGAGGGCGUUGUAGUGCAUGGCCGUAACCUGCUUCCACACCGUUGUUCCCGUCUCUUCCAUCUCGGUUUACUUUUUG